UGCUCUCGGUGUCCAUGUCCACACGCUCCAUGGUUUCACGUUGAUUUUCAAGCUCGUUUCUCUGGUUUAUUAUUUGGUGCAUAUGAAUGACAGAUUAUAACGACUACACGAGUUCUGCCGUAUUGAAACUCAUCCCUGAAGUUGACAGAAAGCGUUAACCUGCGUGGAGCUCCGACUGUACUGUAAUAGAGGAGCUGGAACUUUGUUUUUGAAGCUGCUGAACAGGAAUGUACACUGCCCUGUGUUUCGGAGUGAUUCGUGCUUCAUGAAUCUGGAUUGUGGUCACAAAGUCGAGGUGCUGCCUGUCUCCAUGGAUGCAGCCAAAACGUUUGCCCAAAAGCCAACCGACACACUCUUUCUGCUGUGCCCAUGUUAAAGGACUAAGUGAUUUUGAUUUUGUACAACAGAGCUAAUCAGCGUGGAGUAGCUUUUCACCAUGUGGAGUUGGCUCUGGCUGGGUGUGUGUGCAGUGCUACUGGACACAUGCCUGACACAUAGCCUGUUCACCUGUGAACCUGUGCAGGUGCGAUGGUGUGACAAGAUGCCAUACAACAUGACUUUCUUCCCUAACAUGCUUGAGCACUACGACCAGGACAUCGCUGCCAGCAAGCUGCAGCACUUCAUGCCACUGGUUAAUCUAAAGUGUUCGCCAGAUGUGCAUUUGUUCCUGUGCCAGGCCUUUGUUCCAGAGUGUACACAGCAGACACAAGUGCACCAGCCCUGUAGAGAGCACUGUGUGCGUGUCCUCUCUGACUGUAGAAAAGACCUGCAUACCUUUGACCUUACUUGGCCUCCGGAGCUAUCUUGUGAAGGGCUAAAGCCCUGUCACACAUCUGAAGAUGAAUCUAAUGACAUGGUCCAAAACGACAUUACAACACCUAAGACAUCUUCAUCAGCCAGCAGAGAUCUGGGCUUCUGGUGUCCCUUACAGCUGAAGACCCGUCCUGGUCAGGGUUCAUCCUUCCUGGGUGCUCAGGACUGUGCUCCUCCAUGUGACAACAUGUACUUCAAGGCACACGAGAUUAAGUUUGCCAAGAUGUUUAUCGGCAUUUCUUCCAUUAUUUGCUUGUGUGCCACAUUAUUUACUUUUUUUACCUUCCUCAUCAACGUCAAGCGUUUCCGCUAUCCAGAGCGGCCAAUUGUCUUUUAUGCCAUAUGCUACAGCAUUGUUUCUCUCAUUUACUUUAUCGGAUUCCUGCUGGGUGAUGGGGCAGCAUGUAACAAGCCUAGCAUGCUUGGCACUGUAUCCACCGUGGUGCAAGGCAGCCAGAGCAAAGUCUGUACACUGAUCUUCAUGAUGCUCUACUUUUUCUUCACUGCUGGAAUGGUCUGGUGGGUUAUUCUUACCAUCACCUGGUUUCUUGCAGCAAGGCCCAAGUGGAGCUGUGAGGCCAUUGAAAAGAAGGCUGUCUAUUUCCAUGCAGUUGCUUGGGGCCUCCCAGGGAGCCUAACUGUCAUACUGCUGGCUUUUAAUAAAGUUGAGGGGGAUGGUAUCAGUGGUGUGUGUUUUGUGGGCUUGUAUGACCUAGCAGCCCUGAGAUGGUUCGUGCUGGCUCCACAGGCUCUUGGUGUGAUAGCUGGACUCACACUCCUCCUUGCUGGCAUUGUUUCACUUAACCAUGUACGACAAGUGAUCCAGCAUGAUGAGCACAACCAAGAGAAGCUGAAGAAAUUCAUGAUACGUAUAGGUGUGUUCAGUGGCCUGUACCUGCUCCCCCUGCUCACACUGCUGGGCUGCUACCUGUACGAACAGGCCAUGCGCAGCAAAUGGGAGAACACAUGGAUCAAUGAGCACUGUCAGGAGUAUAGCAUUCCCUGCCCCUACAGAAAAAUUGAUGCUGCUCGGCCAGACCUAUCUCUGUUCCUGAUUAAAUACCUAAUGAAACUUGUAGUGGGCAUCUCUGCAGUUUUUUGGGUUAGCAGCAAGAAGACCUGGUCCGAGUGGGCAUACUUUUUCAACAGAACUCACAAGAAAGACCCUAUCAGUGAGAGUCGGCGUGUCUUGCAGGAAUCUUGCGAUUUCUUCCUGAAGCACAACAGCCGUGUACAGCAUAAGAAAAAGCACUACAAGUCCAACUCGCACAAGCUCAAAGUCAUCUCCAAGUCCAUGGGCACCAACACCAGUGCGCAGACAACAGUCACCACUAACCAUGACCUGAGUAUGACCACUAGCAACUACUACAAGGGAACACCUGUAUCAGGGUCUGAGAGGCGCGGUUCAUCUAAAUCAUCUGUACUGGAACAGGCUGCAUCAGCAAAGGUAUCUAGCCAGAACAGCAAGGAACGAAAGAGCAGCAAAGCUGGCAGUUCUGUUGGGGCCAGUGGCAAUGGGGAGCCUCUGCAGAGUCUGCCUGAAUGUUAGUGAUGUGAUUAAACAGCAUCAAAGAAAAGAUUCUAACCUGACCCAAAUUAAUAUAAAUUUAAAUGUGUUGGUAAAACUAAAAGAGGUAGUCUCUGUUUUUCUACUGGGAACCAAAGUACAACAGUAAUUGAUAAAAGAAAAAAUACAAUAAAACAUUAAUAAAAAAUGUUUUAUUAUUAUCGAUUAAACUUUUUUUUAUGCCAUUAUGAAAUAAUAUCCUCAAAUUAAAAAAUCCCCUUAUUUCAGUUACACUGUCAAAUUGAAGGGAGUUCGAGGUGGUGAAUACAUGUGAUUGAGACAAAUAAUUCUGAGACAAAGACUGAACCAAUAAAUUUAAACCAAUAAAACUGUUGCGCCAUUGUUUUCUUCGUUGAAUGGCCCAAUCCUUUUAUUUAUUUUAAGCAUACUGUAAACACACUGUAUUGCAAGUUAAAUGAGUAAAAUUUUGAAAAUAUUAUUAAUGAUAGAUUAUUUAUUAUUAAACACUGGAUUAAUCUUGUUUUUGUUGCUAUUUCAUGAAAAGCACGAGGGUGUGCCCUUAGUAAAAGUUAAAUUACUUUGCUUUGUUGUGUCAAAGACCAUGAAUAUCACUGUGAUUAAUAUCAUGGCUUAAAAUUAAUGAGCACAUAAUCUUAUUAUAUUAUAUUCUAUGUUGAUAAAUGAAGUGUAAUGUGGCCUGAUAAGUUGACACUCCCGCUUUACAGAACAAGUGUAGUCAUGGAUCAAAUUCUGCUAUGUCUUAUUCGUUUGUUUUACAUUCAAGCUUUAUUUAUUAUUAUUUUUUAUGAUGCGUUAUUUGGUGACAAGCUUGCCAUGUAAGUCAGAUUUACUUUAACCAAAAGAAACUGCAGGCAUCUCAACCAAUGUAAUGUUUCCCCAGAGUGUCGUCUUAACUGUUUUUGUGUUUAUCUUGUGAUGUCAAAACAAGGCACAGGAGCCUGUUGUUCUCAUUUCUAAAGCACAAUUAUUCAUUCUGCCCCCAGGCCAUAGAGACGAGUCCAAUUCAUUAAAUAUGUAGACACUGCACAGAACUGUUUUACCUACAAGUCUCAUCAGGCCAGAUGAGGUGUCUGAAUCCGGAAAUAUGUUGCAAUGUGUCAUACUGUAAUGUAGUAUUUCACUCAUAAAAAAACACCUGAAAAAUGAGACAAUUUAUUAAAUAUUUUGGAAAUGUUACUUAAGGGCUGGUCAAGAGUAAGCCUUUUUUUUUUUUUUAUUAAUCCACUUUUAGUGUUUUUUUUUUCCUUCCAUGUUUUUCCUAAAUAUUUUGGAAUCUGUUACACUGGAUGUAGAGGGUUUUUUUUUAAUGCAAGUAGACUUGAAGGGUAUUAACACUAUAGAGUUGAUGUAGUAUUUUCUCAUGUAGCUUUUGGUCAGGCAUUAAAUUUACAGCAUAGACUGUAUAUUUACAUAGAGAUCGAUCCUUACCUCUUAAGGAACCUGCCGAAAAAUAUACAUUCAUUGUAUUUGUUGUUGCUUUAUAUACACAUACAUAUACAUACACACAGUGUUUUAGAUUAAAUCAGAAGGUAGCACAACACUUUUUCACAAUGAUCAUUUUUAUAUUCAACUAAAAUAUUCAAAACAAUCAUUGUGGUUGUACUUGACAU